GGCAAAGAUUCGCUUGUUUUCAGUAGAUAGGAAGGAACUCAUUGACUCAGAAUGCAAUCAUUCUUCAUUGUUUCCCUGGUCGUUUGUUUGUUAACCAUCCAAACUACUUUUGCGCAUAACCACCAGGAGUUAAACGGAACCACAUCACAAGUGGCUGCAUGGAGAGAAUUCUGGCAAACAAUUUGGAAAAUCAAUGCAAAGAUAAGUGAGGAGAUAAGGAAGUAUUUGGCUGAAGAUGAACUGGGCAACAAAGUCGCAAAUGUGGCGACAAUUUUGGCGAAACGCUUUUACAAACGGAUCGAAUAAUGGGAUUUGCUGGUUUUCUGAGUUGAUGUUGAAUUCGGAUUGUGUUUACUAGCUGUUGAUUGAAAAUUUUUGAUAAAUAAAGUUGAAUUAUAUAUGAAAA